CGAUAACGAAAACAGCAGGGUCGUGGCGAACCACGUGGAAUCGUUUCGCGAGCGCCUCGUUUUUCGUGUACAGCGGGACGCGCCCAGCGGACAGCCUCUAGCGGGGGACCCCAAAACCGGACACCGAAGGAAUAUCUCCGGCAUCGUACGUAUGAACGGUUGCAUGCCUGCGUAACCGUAAUUGCCUUCUUAUAUAUCUGCGCCGUCAGAGAAGGAACGCCAGUGGCAUUUCUUUAUUUCCCUUUCUCGCUUGGCGCGUGUUUGACUCGCGAAUCUGUCGGGCGAGCGAACAGGAAGUUGCGAGCUACGCAACUCCCUCUGGGGUCGUUUCCUGCGAGCGCCCGUCGAGCAGACGAAUUAUUUCGGAUCGAGCCGCCGGGAAAAGUAAACAAGUGUCAAAUAAAGAAGAAAAAAAAAAAGAGUUGCGUCGAGGAAAUAAGAGGCACGCGACGACGACGACGUUGUCGUUUUAACAACAUCGGGAGGCGGAAAGCAAAUAACAAGAAGUUUGCGACAAGUAAUAAACACAAUUCCCCCGGCAGCGCCGCCGCGUAACUCGAUAAUUGGGUCGCAUGGCUGGCAGAGAGGACGAGUAGCGUGCGGCGUAGCGCACCGAACGUGUGCCGUCGACGGAAAUCGGCGUCGGUCGCUGCUGCAGGUUGGUGGAGUCCCGUACCUACAGCGUGUGUGUGUGUUUGUGUGUCUUGCAAAGCGUGACCGACGUCGUCGACUCGUCGUCGCCGGCACGCAUCGCGAACCGUGCGUCGAAAAAAAAAAAGAAAAAAAAAAAAGCCGGAUACGCGCGGAAAGAAAACAGAAACGAAAAAAACAAGAAAAAAGGAGAGAAGCUGGCGUUCCGAGACAAGCGUGGUGGUCGGCUGCCGCUACGCGAUCCGCGGUCUCUUGAGCAACUUUUGAAACACGAACGGCGUCGUCGUCGAAGAGCCACCUCCACAACGACGUCGACACCAGCGCCGGAUUGCGCCCGAUAGUACGCCGCCCGUCGCCGACCUUUUUUUCGUUCUUUUUUUUCUCUCUCAAACGUCACCGAGCGAGCGAGCGCUGGAAGACGCCAGCCAAGUGUGCCGUUGUUUGUGUUUCCGACGCGAACCCCUUCGACAGCACGACACGGUGUGUCACUCUCGCCGACGUCCGCGUGCUACUGUCGGCGUUUGUGUGGUUCACUUUUUUGCAUUCGAGGUCGUCGGUGUGCACGGCUCGCGGACGGGGCCCGUUGGACUAGCGCUUCUUCUUCGUUACGUGCUACACACGACGGUUCUCGGGGCCAGGCUUCGACCGAGAGAUGUGACAGCGCCUCGGUGUCGGGCGUGGUUCGUGCGUGCGCGGGUGUGUGUGUGUGUGCGUGCGUGUGUGUGGUGUGGUGUGGUGUUUCGGGGUAGUGCACCAUAAGGCCCGUGGUGAACCGAGUCGUGCGGCGCGCGCGCCAUGGAGCCGGACCGGCGAAGCAACGGUGACGGCGAUAGCGGCGGCGAGGCCUCGCCGCCGUUCCGCCGUGGCGGCAGCCGUACGCGCUCGCGCAGCUUCAACAACAGCAGCGGCACUUCGGCCAGCCCAUCCCGGAAAGAGGACUGCGGUAGCGGAUCGCGCGCUCGCGCUGCAGCCUGCGGCGGCGCGACCACCAAGAAGGCGUACUCGCUCGAGUCCAUCCAGCGCUGCAAGCGCUGGCGACCCUGCCAGUUGCUGCGCGAGGUGUUCGCCAAGACGCCGCUGCUGUUCGGCGCCCGGCGGCAGCAGCCGCACAAGGCGACGACGACGACGACGGCCACCACGUCCCCGAUGACUCGGGCGUCGGAGAGCGCGACGCUGUCGUCCGAAGACAGCGGUCACGCCGAGUCGCCCGUCUCCCUGGUGUCGGUGGUGAUCGAGACGCCGCCUUCGCCUCCCGGUGGCGACCAGCAGUGCCCGCCUUCCAAGUCGCGGCGAUCGUGCAGCGCCGACUCGGCCGUGGAUUUCGACACGAGCGACGAGGCGCUUCUCACGUCGCCGAUCAGUGUAGAUGAUGGUGGUGGUGGUGCUGCCAACGGAAGCAUCGAUCUCGUGGACAGCGCGACCGUGGUCGAGCGGCACUGCAGUACUGUCCUGGUCGACGGCGGCGUCGCAGUCGACGGCAACUCGCUGCACCAGCCGCCGCACCCCCAGCACCACCUGCACCGCACCAGCCUGCCGGGCGACAGGGCCAAGCGGCCGCUGUCCCAGUGCCUGUCGCUGUCGUGCCCCGUGUUGAGCGCGCCCAGCGUCGUGGUGAGCGACUUCAGCAGCUGCGACGUGUCGCCCGAGAUCAUCGAGGAGGGGGACGCCGACCUGAGCAACCACUCGCCGGGGGGCGAACUCCGCGACUACCUCUCCCUGGGCGGACGCUCGUGCAGCUCGUGUUCGCUCUCUUCGACCGUGUCCAGCGCGUCCUGGGACGACGACGCGUCGCAGAGCGACGUCAGCGAGGCCGGCUCGGCGUGCUCGUCCAAGCCUUCAGGAUGGCGGAAAGUGCGGAACGUCGUUCACUGGUCUCCGUUUGUCCAGACCUACAGAAAGUACAAGUACCCAUGGAUACAGCUCGCUGGGCACCAAGGCAACUUCCGGUCAGGCACCCAGGGCACAAUUCUGAAGAAGUUGUGUGGCAAGGAGGAAUCCUGUCUGAAACAGCUCAUGAGGGACCCCUGGCUACGGGACUACGUGCCCGAGUUCAAGGGUCGUGUGGAGAUGGAGGACUGCAGCAGUUACUUGGAGCUGCAAGACCUGCUUGCUGGAUUUCAGUGCCCCUGCGUGAUGGAUGUCAAAGUGGGCCUGCGCACAUACCUUGAAGAAGAGCUAGCUAAGGCUCGGGAAAAGCCCAAGCUCCGCAAGGACAUGUACGAAAAGAUGGUGGCCGUCGAUCCGGAUGAGCCGACACCCGAGGAGCAUGAACUGAAGGCAGUGACCAAGCCCCGUUACAUGAUCUGGAGGGAAACCAUCAGCUCCACGGCCAGCCUGGGAUUCCGCAUUGAGGGCAUUAAGAAUCCCGAUGGAACCUCCACAAAGGACUUUAAGACGACAAAGUCAAGGGAGCAGGUCUUGAACGCCAUUGACACAUUCACAAAAGGCUUCGACGAUGCACUGGGAAAGUACCUUCAGCGGUUACGGUCUCUGUACAACGCACUUGAGCAGUCAGAGUUCUUCUCCACUCAUGAGUUCAUCGGCAGUUCUCUGUUGUUCGUGCACGAUAAAGUGGGAGCCAGUGUGUGGCUGAUUGACUUUGCCAAAACUGUGGCAGUGCCACCUGGUGUGGACAUCACGCAUCGGCAACCCUGGGAAGUUGGCAACCAUGAGGACGGCUACCUCAUUGGCCUCUCGAACCUCAUCGGCAUCUUCGAGGAGCUGCUAGACAGUCGCUGCGGAGGCUACUCCAAGAGCCUGCCACCCGAGAUACCUGCCUAGGCCAGCCUCCCCGACAUGCCCUCGAGUCACAGCACAGCCCUGGACAGUGUUUUGUGGUGGCCUGUGCCCAAAUGUGGAGAGACUUGAAUUUGAACUGGGCUACUACUAUGUGGAUUAACGUGUCAACGCCUCUGCUCCACGGGGGCUGUCGACCAUUUUCAAUGGUGCCUGACAGUGCAAUGAUAAACUGCAGCCAAGAGUGUAUCGCGAAGUGCAAACUCGGUUUCCUCGAGGUGGCCUGCCAAGAUUAGUCCUUUUGCAACUUGGUGAACUCUCCAGAGAAUGAUGUGAAACGAAAUGUGGGGGAGCCAGAGUGCUUAGAUGUCCAUGGGAAAGGGCGCAAUACUUGGGUAUGGUGGAUCCUUUGGGGUUACUGCUAGCAAGUGCUCGCGAAGCCUAAGCUGACUUGCUUAGGCGGAGUUGGAAAGGAGCCUAUUAGGUGGGAUCACCCAGUGAUUUUUGCUGCUUUUGGUAAUGUUUGACCACUGCCGACAAAAUUGAAGCCUGCCCAGACAGCGCCAAGACUGCGCUGCACUGCAACACUGACUGGCUUUUUGCAGUACCUAAGGCACUGUCAGUGUAUUGAAACGACAGCAAACACGAUUGCGAGCAAGAGUACAUUAACCCUGACAUCAAGAACGGCCCUCUCUUUGAUCAAAAGAGAGUCGUACAGAGCCUUGUGGAUACGAGCCACCAAGGAAAUGCGUGCUGCAUUCUUGCAGGGUUUGCCGCACUUAGAAAAUUAGCGGGCUGUGCGAGAUGGGCAAGAAUCGGCACGCCAAUGCAGUGAAACAUCCCUCAUACUUCGGCCAUUGCUGUAUCUCUUUGGUUUGCCUUGUGUGUUCUGGCAAGCUGUGUAUUUAAGCAACACUUUCAAUGAGAUGUGGUCACCGUUCAGGACUAUGACACGAUCCCUGUCCUUUUACCGUGGCUGCCGCACACCCCAAGGCCUUGCAGUUUUAGGCCGAAGGGUGGGGCAUCGCAGUAUGCUAGCACUGUUGGCAGGCCUAUGUGGUAAAGACUACUGACAAAAAAAAAAAAAAAAAGGCCGCUGAGCAUGAAGUCUGUGUAAAUGGUGAUCCUUUCUCAAGAGAACUAGGCUGGGCCAUUGAGUGUCAGAAAAUGCACUUCGUGCAUUGCAGAGCUUCGAGAGUGUUAUGUGACUGUGUAUCCACCUUCUUUAAAAAAAAAAAAAGUUGCAGUGCUGGUGUGCUGCCAUUGUUAUUGUUGUCUUUUUUAUUGAGUUUUGCAAGUUGUCAGCAGACUUGUGCAACACACGAGCGGGUGGUUUGAGUGUUCACGUUGAUCUGUGUGUUCAGCUGCACGUUGGAACGCUACAUGCAAAUUUACUCGCUAGCCUCUCGCUCCACCCUCUCUUGUUGCUGCAGUGUUUUGUUGGUGUUGUUUGCUCUUGCACCAGUGGUGUGCAAAUGGAUGUACUGAAGGAAAUGUGAGUAGCUCAUGCGACAGGAAGUGUAAACCUUGUAAGGUGCGUCUUCAGUUGGACCAAAUGUUUGGGCAGUGAAGAGCUUGCCCAAACUCAGUUUGUACUGAGAAAGGUGUCGAAAUUGAGCUCAACAGGCUGAAGGUUUGUGGUAGCCCUCAGCUUUGUCUGAAAAAGUGCUUUCACGAGAAUACUGCUUGCAGCAAGCUGCUUAGAAUUAUUGGAUUACGUAGGCUGGAGUACAUGUAAGGUGUGAGGUGAUAAUGUAUGGUGUGGCAGUUCGUGCGUUCCUGCUAGGGUUAGAAUGCUGGCCAUUGGCUUGCUCAGGCUUGCUCGCAUCUUGAGUACGAAUUGUAGAAGUCAACCAGUCAACAUAAGGGCCUUUCAGUGUUGAAAGAGCCAGACUGUGCUGUUGUGGAUUGGCUGCCGUGUUAGUGUUGUAAUGUUUGCAAGAUAAAUGGGAGGCUAAAUAUUUUAUGUGCUUUGAGUUAAGGAAGGUAUGGCACUUUCCUAUAAUUUUAAUGAAAGUAAUGCUUUUAGGGAAAAAAAAUGGCAGCGCAUCACACUUGUCUUAGUCCUCAUGACGCAUGUGUUUUGUCAAUCGUCUUACACCUUGCACUGCAUGGGUGCAGUGCUGUUAAUUCAAUGUUUGGAUCUGCAUAGCAUUCACAGCACACAAGCAGUCAACUGUGUGUGCAGAUUUUUGGGUAAGCAAUCACAUUCUUUAACAUUCUUGGCAUAUUUUCUUUCUUGGCAUUCUCAAAGGCAUUUUUACAGUAUUCAUCAGCAACAGACUUGCACAUUGCCAUCUUUACAUGACUGCAUUGAUUUAUGACUUGUUCCUUGUAUUAAUAAUGUCUUCCUUAAUAUGGAAGUAUUGCUUCCGCAAACAAUUGCAACUGUUGUGAAAUGUGUACAUAACUUCCAUUUUCUGGUGAAAGACAUGCAUCUUCCCUGACGGGAAAAGCAUCCAAAAGUUUGUCACCGAGCUUUCACCACACCUGUAUCGUCGACUGUAGGCUGUUCCAUGCCAAGCAAGCACUUCAUGUGGAAGCCUUGCAGAUCUAUGUUGUACUUUUUAAUUUGCUGCUUUUGUGCCAUAACUAAUGCGAGUGAAAUGCAUGGACGAGGCAGAUUUGUUUUUUGUCAAACAAGAGGAAAAAAAAAUCUGAUGACUACACCACCAAACUUUUCCUUACGCACUCUCGACUGCACCAUUGCCAUCAUGCACCCUUUUUUUUUAUUGUAUGUAAAUAAGAGCAGUGUUUAUGUGUCUAUUAUUUAACGAAAGACUGUGGCUAGAAGUGUACAUAGAGCAAUAAGACUUGACUGUGUUUUCAUCUUGCAAUGAAGUAAAAUAUGU